AUGACUGUUAAAAAGGCUACUGGCUAUGAUGGUAUCUUUGCUAAAAUUCUCAAACUUUGUAGUCCUGUUGCGUCUCAGCCUUUAUCAGUUCUCAUAACUAAGUGCACUGAACUGUCUACUUUUCCCGAGAACAUGGAUGUUGCUCAGGUCGCACCAAUUUAUAAGAAGAAAAGCACACUUGACAAAGGUAAUUAUAGACAUGUCGGCCUUCUUCCAGUCACAUCAAAGAUCUUUGAGAGAGCCAUCUAUACACAGUUGCUAGAGCAUUUUGAUGGUAUUUUCAACCCCAUGCUUGGGGCCUUCAGGCCAAAUUAUGGCUGUAAUACUACCCUGCUGAACAUCUCAGAAGACUGGAAAGGAGCACUUGACUCUAAUAAGUAUCUAGCAGCGGUACUGAUGGAUCUCUCAAAGGCCUUUGAUGGUUUACCCCAUAACCUCCUCUUACUAAAGCUUCAACACUACAAUGUGUCAGAACAAUCAGUUUCACUCAUUAAGAGUUACCUGUCUAAUAGAAAACAGUGUGUUAAACUUGGCUCUUGUUACAGCUCCUUCAGGGAUGUGGUCAAGGGUGUUUCAUCACUCAGUCUGACCUGUAUAACUAUGCAGAUGACAAUACUAUUUCAUUUGCUAGUAUUUCUCCAGCAAACUUAG